UCUGUCGUAGACGAUAAACUUGUCAGUAUCGAACUUGUUUGCCGACCUCAUCAAUCUGAUUGUGUCGUAGUCGUAGAAGUACCAAACCAUUUCGCAAGAUGAACCGUCUUGCCAUAGUACUUGCUGUUGUCAUUGCGGCUGUAGUCCCCAUGAUCGAAGGCCAUGGGACGGUCAGAUUCCCACCACAGCGGAGCACCCGCUGGCGCUGCAACCCCAAUGCUCCACCCAACUGGAACGACAACGAAGUAUUUUGCGGAGGAUUCAUGGCCCAGUGGGAACAGAAUGGUGGUAGAUGUGGUGUCUGUGGAGACAACUACGCGGAUCCCAAGCCCCGCGACCACGAACUGGGUGGAAGAUGGGGCCAGGGUGAAAUUGUUGCGAACUACACCGCGGGAUCCGUGAUAACGGUAGAUGUGCUAAUCACCGCCAACCAUCGAGGUCACUUUGAGUUCAAACUAUGCUGUCUGGAUAACUCAGCGGAAACGGAGGAAUGUUUCAAUCAGCAUCUCUUGGAGGACAACGACGGCAGACACAUUUGGCAUCUCAAUUCUACCAUGUACGGAAUGUACCAUGUGCCGCUUCAGCUGCCCAGAGGUUUGGUGUGCGAACGUGCCGUUCUACAGUGGACCUAUGUUACAGGCAAUCGGUGGGGAGAAUGCCCUGAUGGACCUGGAGAUCUUGGCUGUGGCCCACAGGAACACUUCCGCACAUGUUCCGAUAUCGGUAUCUACCAUGCCAACGACGAGCGGCUGAAGGAUUCAUUCGAUUUUUGCCGCGAUCGGCCAGUUGAGCGCUUUGCCGAUAACUGGGUCUUGGAUAAUAUUCCUGAGGAAUAUAUGGGUGUGCACUAAAUGGACAGCAGAGGAAUCAUCAACUAUCGUCAUCUGGACUGAUUUUAUUUCAAAGGUUCAAUUUCAAAAUGUCGAAUUCAUACGGUUACAUGUGCAAAUAAACUGCGGAACAAGAUUA